CCAUUUCCGCGGCGGGUUCCAAGAUGGCGGCGCGUGCGUGAGCGCGGGUCCGUCCGUCAGGGAAGCCGUCCCGGAGGUGCUCGGCGCCAUGAAGGGCAAGGAGCGCUCCCCGGCCAAGGCCAAGCGGUCCCGGGGCGGCGGCGGCGAGGACUCGGCGCCCUCCUCCUCGUCGGCGCGGGCCGAGCGCAGCAGCAAGAAGCCGAGCGGCUCCGGCGCGGGCGGCAGCAACGGCGGCGGCAAGGCGGCGGGCGGCUCGGGCGAGAGCGGCCGGCGGGGCCUGCACCCGGACAAGGCGGGCCGCGCCGGCAGCCGCGAGUACGAGGCGGGGGCGGCGCCCGGCGGCGGCGGCAGUAGCCGCCACGGCUACAGCGGCAAGAACGCCGAGUCGUCGCGGGGCAGCGGCGGCGGGAGCCGGGGCGGCGGUGGCGGCGGCGGGGGGGAGUCCCGGGCGGCGCCGCCCCCCUCGUCCUCCUCGUCCGAGUCGGGGGGCGGCGGCGGCGGCGAGUACAAGACGCUGAAGAUCAGCGAGCUGGGCUCGGCGCUGAGCGACGAGGCGGUGGAGGACGGGCUCUUCCACGAGUUCAAGCGCUUCGGCGACGUGAGCGUCAAGAUCAGCCGCCUCCCGCCCGGCACCGGCGCCGCCGACGAGCGCGUGGCCUUCGUCAACUUCCGCCGGCCCGAGGACGCCCGCGCCGCCAAGCACGCCCGCGGCCGCCUCGUGCUCUACAACCGCCCGCUCAAGAUCGAGGCCGUGUACGUCGGCGGCGGGAGUGGCCGGCGCCGCGGCAGCCGCUCCCCCGCGCUGCUGGACAAGGAGUCCCCCUACGUGGCCGCGGUGGCGGGUGUGGCGGCUGCGGCUGCCGCUGUGCGGCACCCCGCGGCCGGCGCCACGCAGAGGGCCUUGUCGCCUGCUGGAGGGGGGGGCGGUUUGGGCUACAGAGACUACCGCCUGCAGCAGCUCGCCCUGGGCCGCCUGCCGCCGCCGCCCCCGCUGCCCCGCGAGCUGGAGCGGGAACGGGAUUACGGGGCUUUCUAUGACACCCGCGUGCGGCCAGCGUACGGGCUGGAGCGGGUGGCUGGCGUGGCGGCCGCCGGCGGCUUCCGAGGAGGAGGAGGGGGUGCCGGAGCGGCCGGCGAGGAGGAGAUCAGCCCCGAGGACGACCAGCGAGCCAACCGCACGCUGUUCCUGGGCAACCUGGACAUCACGGUGAGCGAGUCGGACCUGCGGCGCGCCUUCGACCGGUUUGGAGUCAUCACGGAGGUGGACAUCAAGAGGCCGGGCCGCGGCCAGACCAGCACCUACGGCUUCCUUAAGUUUGAGAACCUGGACAUGGCUCACAGGGCCAAGCUCGCCAUGUCGGGCAAAGUUCUUCUGCGCAACCCCAUCAAAAUCGGGUAUGGCAAAGCCACCCCCACCACCCGGCUCUGGGUGGGGGGCCUGGGGCCCUGGGUGCCACUGGCUGCCUUGGCCAGGGAAUUUGACCGUUUUGGUACCAUCCGCACUAUUGAUUAUCGGAAAGGUGAUUCGUGGGCCUACAUCCAGUAUGAGAGCCUGGAUGCGGCACAGGCUGCCUGCACCCACAUGCGUGGUUUCCCUUUGGGUGGGCCCGACCGCCGCCUCCGAGUGGACUUUGCGGACACGGAGCAUCGCUACCAGCAGCCAUACCUGCAGCCGCUGCCCUUGCCCCCACCUGCCCACUAUGAGCUAGUGGCAGAGGCAGCUGCAUUUGGGGCUCAUCGGGGAGCCCCACCUGACCCACUUCGGGGUGCCCGGGAUAGGACACCACCGUUGCUGUACAGAGACCGGGACAGAGACCUUUAUCCUGAGGCGGAGUGGGUGCCUCCGCCACCCCCUGUACGGGACAGGAGUAAUCGAGCAGCUGCCUAUGACCCUCUGGAAAGUCUGGAGCGUCGGCGGGAUGGUUGGUCCCUGGAGAGAGACCGAGGGGAGAGGGAGUUGGGUAGCAGUAGCAGGGACCAACCCAGGAAACGGAGACUGGCUGAGGAUGGAGGCCGGCACUUGGACCGCUCUCCAGACAGCGAGCGCUCGUCUUCGUCCCGUAAGCGACAUUGCCUGGCUGCAGCCUCUCCCCCAGACCGCAGCCCUGAUCCUGGUGUGACCCGGGAGCGUUACCUUAGUGAUGCAGAGCGUUCCUCCCGUUUGCUCCUGCUGGAGCGGCCGUCACCAAUUCGGGAGUCACGCAGGGGCAGCCUGGAGCGUGGCCAGAGUGAGAAGCGUGACCGCAAGAACUCUGCUGAAAGAGAGAGGAAGCACCGUGUCUCAGCGGUAGUUGCUGCCCAGGAGUGCAAGAGUCCAGCCAAAAAGGAUGAGCGCACGACAGAAGUGGGCAGUGGUGGAGGGUCCCGGCUCAAACCCCCACCCCAAAAGCAGCAGCAGCAGCAGCAACAGCAGGAUGGAACAUCGCAGUCUGCUGCGGCCCCCAAACUGUGCCUGGCUUGGCAGGGGAUGCUUCUGUUGAAGAAUAGCAACUUCCCGUCCAACAUGCACCUGCUUCAGGGAGACCUCGGUGUAGCCAGCAGUCUUCUGGUGGAGGGAUCAACUGGUGGCAAAGUGGCCCAACUCAAGAUCACUCAGCGUCUUCGUUUGGACCAGCCCAAGCUGGAUGAGGUCACUCGCCGCAUCAAGGUGGCAGGUCCCAAUGGAUAUGCCAUUCUCCUGGCAGUGCCUGGCACAUCAGACAACCGCUCCUCAUCUGGGGCCAGUGAGGCUGCCACCACCUCUACCCAGAGGCCACUCAGGAAUCUGGUGUCCUAUCUAAAGCAAAAGCAGGCUGCUGGGGUCAUCAGCCUCCCUGUAGGAGGCAACAAAGACAAGGAGAACAGCGGGGUUCUGCACGCCUUCCCACCCUGCGAUUUCUCCCAACAGUUCCUGGACUCCACGGCCAAAGCUCUGGCCAAAUCACAGGACGACUAUCUGGUCAUGAUCAUUGUUCGUGGUGCAUCCUAAAGCCCUCGUUCUCUGUACCCAACCCUGCCUACUCUUCCACGCAGCCCUUCCAGCGUGUGCCAGGUGCUAUGGGAUACAGCCUUAGCCAGCCUCACAAUUAUUUUUAAUUAGAUCUUUAUUUGUAGCUAAUACCCCUUGCCCAUUUUUUCUGUACCUACAUUUUUCUAUAAACUGAAGUUAGAAGCCAGGAAGGUUUAGCCAUUAGCAUGAAUAGAAUAUUUUUGAGGAUCCCUUAUCAGUGAGAGUAGCAGGGAAGUUAAGCCUGCUCCAACAGGGAAAAAAUGAAAAAUAAAACAAAAAAUCUUUUUUUUUUUUUUUUUUAAUUUUAACUCAUCCUUUUUUCAUUUAAUAACUUUUAAAAACACAUUCUCUAGAGUUACAAAGCUAAAAGACCAGUUUUAAAGUGCUCAGUAGUUAGAACAGAGAACCACGUACCCGAUAGUGGACUGGUGUCAGCUUGUUCUGAGUCUGAAAUUCUAUGAAGGCCUCAGACCCUCAGCUCUCACAUAAAUAACCCCUUUUGUCAGGAGCCUGAAUGGUUUCACUUUGGGUCCAGUGUCUCAAGGUUGAAGUCUUUCAGGUCUUGUGGUACACUGUAAAACAUUUUAAUUUCUUUAUUGGGUGUUAAUUUGAGAAUUGCAACCAGUCCACAGAAGUGCAUGCCAGGAAAGUAUGCUUUUAACAGGUGUAUUUCUCCUAUUCAUUGGAGUUUUGUUGUAUCCCAUAUAUGCACUUUGGGUUUGUAGCAGUAACAAUGUUUGGUAAAUAGGCCAGGACUUUGUUACAAACCGUGAAUGUCUUGUGCUUACUCUAGUAUGCAAGAAACAAGUAGGUGCUUUAAGAACAUCUUCAGUCAUAUGUUGUUUUUGUUUUUACUGCCUUUUUCAAAGAGUUGCAGGUACAGCGAGUUCCAGAAUGCAAACUCUGAAUAAGUGUGCUUCUCUUCAGAGAUGGUUUUUAAUUCUGUGAAAAAUGAAAGUUCUCAUCAUUAUUUUAUCUCUUUGUUAAUAGAAAGACAGUGCUGUCUGUCUGAAGACUUUUCAGGUACAAUACCGUGGGCAUUAUGUGAGGUUUUUCCAGUUGCCUGGACUGCCUUGUCUUUUUACACAUCUUCGUAGAGCAUUAAAAGAAUUCCAAAAUGUUAACAAAGCAGUUCACUUUGUUCGAAUAAUAUAGUUCAUUUUCACUUCAGCAAAAAAUUUAACUCCAUGUUUUUUUUUUUCCAGUUAUCUUCAUAAAUCCUUGAGAAUAUAAGUUCUGGUAAUAAAUUUUUUAAUAUUGCUACAGAGAUCUACAGAUCUCAUUGUAGAAAAAAAUCCACUUGAGUAUUGGCCAGAAUCGAGGAGUAUGGGUAUGUACAGUGGGUACCACUUUACUCUGUGGAACCUGGACCAUAUUCCUGUGAUAACUAACUAGUCCUGGUUAGACAACACAGGCCAGGAAAAUGAAUUGGAUUCUUUUCCAGAUCUAGGUUCCAGUUAAGGGAUCUGUAGUGUUAGUAAUUUGUGAGGCGAAAGCUAAUGGUUCAAAUUGCAGUCUACAAGGCUGGCAAUUAGAGAAGAACGUCCUCUAUCUGAGAAGACUUGCUGUUGUGGCUGUAAGGCACAAUUCACACAGUUCUAAAAUGCUAUUUUCAGAGAACUGGAUUUUUAAGGGCAGUGUUUUUUCUAAUGAAAGUGAAUAGCUUGUAUCCCAAGUGCCACCUUUAUUAUAUAUAAAGGGGUACUUUCUCUUAAUAUGUACUUUAAUAUUUUAGGGGGGGUUUUUUUCUUUGGUUAAAUGAACACAUGAAAACCUCAUUUAAUGCUCCUAAUAUUUAUUGAGGGUAAAAUGCAGAACUUCUUGAUUGUCUUUCACCAUGAACAUUAAUAGGCUUAUAGAUAAAUAGCAGAAUUCAGCUGUUUGUCUUACUAUUAACAAUGAGAAUUUUGGAAAUGGCACCAGUAAUAUAACGGAUGUUUCGUAUAAUGUAGGAAAUACAGCAUAUUCACCCUUCUUGCAAAGAAUGUUUUCUUCUAGCAGGUGUCUAUGUUGCAUGUUAGCAUGUAAAAUCACUGAUGCUGUGUAACUGAUUGCAUUGUAUUAGGUUGAACAUUUGUUUCAUUUACAAUGAGUUUCCUCAUUGUAUUUGGUGCCAGAAGAAGUUAGAAUCAUUUUCUUAAAUGAGCCAAUCGCCCUAAGUUGUGUGUGCGUGUGUGUGGAUUUAAAAAAGCAAACAAAAAACCCAACUUCCAUUACUUGUGUCAUUGGGGAUUCACAAGAGAGAUACUAGCACUGUAUCUAGGGUUUGUGAACACUAGGUUUGUUGUGUUCAACACUUAAAAUUUGCCAGGGACAGUGUUUGUUACUCUAAUAUGCAGUAGACACCUGUUUUUCAAACCCACAAAACUUGGGGUCAAAGUACAGUUUGUCUAUCAGCAAAUCUCAUUGACAACUAACUGAGAAAAUCCCAUUUGGAAAGAGCAGCAUGUGUGCACUUUCAGUUUUGCCUUUGAAGCAAAAACAGUCUUGUUCUUUGGUUCUGCUUUUGAGCCCAAGUUGUAUGUGUACUGAAGGCUAAUAUGGAACGGGCUAGACUGUAUUUCUUACUCCAGGUUUUCUGGUUCCUUAUGGGUUAUCUGCUUCUUUAAAUCUGGUUUAUUUGUGGUUGCUACUCUGUAAGCAAGGAUUUUUAACACCCUUUAAGGGUAUCUAACAGUGAAACAGCUGACUGGUGCCAUUUUUGGACACAGCACUUAGCCACAAGCUGCCCUCAAAUCUGAUACAGCUCUUUUUGGCUGCACUUUGUCUUAUGCUAUGGAAAUGCGCAGCAUUGGAGUAACUGUCCAUUUAAACCUCCUAGGCCAGGGCUGAAUACUAGCAGAAGUCCAUAUUUAAUGCUACUUCUGCAUAGAACAAAACAGAUCUAGGAAACGUCAGAUGCCUAUUUGGCAUUAUGUGGCUCUAAUGAGACCUCAGCAUCUUUUCUAAUGCUGUCUGUAGCAGAUGUUCUUAUUUCUUGACUGAACUGAAUGUGGAAAAGGGCUCUCCUUUUCUUGAAUUGUUUCAUAGUUGUGCUUUGGGGAAAGAACCUCAAGUGACUCAUACUUUUGUUAAGGUUUUAGAUUUUUACAAAUUGGAAACUUUACACAAAUUACUUGGCUGCUAGCCAGCAGCAUUGUUUGCUUGGGUCUCUAGUGUACGCUGUCCUGUUCACUGGCACUGCAGCAUGAAUUUCAAGGUUACCUCAAACAACUGUAAGUUAUUGGUACUUGUGGUCUAGACAGCAAAUGUCAUCCUUGCAAGGAUCAUAGAGAAGCAAUUGGAAAUUUGGGCAACGUGGACAAAUGCAAUACGUCUUAAACUAUUUUUUUCUUUUUAAAAAAAGAAUGAAUUAUAAGUGUGCUGUCUCUUUUUGCCAAUAGAGACAGCCUAUUUAGUCUCCUGUAGGGGGCAGGGAAGAGAGGACACAAGUUCCUUGGGUUGUUAGGGCACAAUCUGGCUUGUGGUCGCUGAGUCGAGGAGCUUUGCGUAUUAGUAAGGUGGAGAACAAAAUGGUUCUGAAGGCCUCUGAGGACUGGGGAAAGCUUCUGGGGAUUAUCCUUUCCCAUAUCUACUAAAAUAAACAGUGUUGAGCAGUGCUUGUAGGAAGCCUGCUAAUUCUAAUGAAGAAAAAUCAAACUUAAAUCAUUGCUGUGUUUCCUGAGAAUUUGGGAUUCUUUCCCCUUGCCUCCCAUUCUUAAUGACUUUCUACAAAUAAAAACUAAGGACAUAUAUCCCGAUGAAUCAUAAACUUGAUGGAGAAAUAAUCUUUGUAUAAGGCAUAAGCAAAACAGACCAUAUUGGAUUUUCAACUUCAUGCAGUUCUGGUUUUAUAAAAAUGAUGGAUACUGCCUGGAAAUACAGCUUGAAUAGUAACAGUUAAGUUUGAAUAGGUGCACCCUUGAUUUGGCCACUCUUCUAAAAUAUUAGAGUUGUAUCCUCCUGUUGAAAUUUAAAUAGCAAAAUGAGAACAAAAGAGAUAAACAUGUAACACUACAUUUCAUGUUUUUUAUUGAAAAAAUGCCUUCAGGAAAUGUCUUCUGAGGAAAAUCAAGUGAAUUAUUACUCAUUCAGUUGAUUUUUCUCAUUGUUGGUUUUUUUUUGUUUUUGUUUUGCCCUGUUCUACUAACUGUCAGAAAAAUUGAAUAUCUUUAGUCCUGUAAGCCUAGUUUAACAUCAGUCCAAACAAACAAACAAACCUGCACUACUUGUUAUGCAUUUAUACAUAGAAGGUGACUUCAUUUCAAGGUUUUGUGCCCGUGGGUGAUAUUGGUGCUUUUUGAAGUCCAAGUAGAAUAUUCAGAAAGGCCUUGUAGUUCUUUAUGUUCAUCUGUAUAAUGUAGGGAGGGGAAAAUCAGUUGUAAACAUUUGUACUGAAUAACAUUUUCUUUCCUCCUGCAAGCAAAGCUGGUGGACUGCGGAAGGCAACAUGGGAUUCCAAGUUCUAAUGGACCUUUGCGAAGAGAAGCUGUGGCUUGUGUGGAAUUUACAUGGGCCUCGUGAUGGAAGAAAGCUUAUCUGUUUAGUAUUUGUGCAUUUUACUAAAAUGGCAGCUUUAAAAAAAAGUUGUGUAUCUGCUAUUGUGAUGCCAAUGCCCGUGUUUUAAGUGGAAAAAAAAAAUGACCUCUUUGCUUUGUGCUGUGUACACAAGAUUUCUGGAAAAGUUAAAGGAAUACCCUUUUUAUGGCUCACACAGCUUAAAAGUAGCUGUCACUCAAACAUGCGCUCACAGUUGAGCUGAUUUUGUUUCAUUCUAAAUAAAUUGUUUCUUUUGAGGAAAA